UCCCUGGCGGCCACUCAGAGGACACUGGAAAGAGCUGGGUGGCCGCCCAGCAGGAACCAGCAGGGUGGUAGGUUCCUGCUGCCCCCUGAGGCCAGUGAUAAUGCCAACCCCACAGAGCCCCUCACAAGGCAGCAGGGAGCCUCCGGGGCAACACAGGCCCAUCGUGGAGAAUGGGAAGUGGCAGGGCCCAGGGCCUCUUUCUCUUGUCUCUCCACGAGGCAAAGGCCUUCUCGACCUUUAUCCACAUGGGCAAAGUGAGACUCGCGAUUGACUAUAGCAGUCCUGUGGGGCGUGAGUGAAGACUCCAGGUUUCCCAAUUCCCACCCACCGCGGGCCUGGCUCUGUGCUGGAACCUGGAGAUAACGGCCUCAGAGAAGGCCCAGAAGUGAGUUGGGAGACCAUUCUGGUGGCAGUGGCCAUGACGAUGGUGAUAACAGUGGAACACGUUUGGUAUUGAGUCCUGGGUUGCAAGCAGUUUCCUGGGAGUAACUCCUGAGGCCCCAUUUCCCAAAGAGGAACGCCGAGGCUUGGGAGAGUUUUAAGUGUUUUAGCCAAGGUCAUGUUGCCAGUAAAUGGUGGAGCUGGGUGACGUGACCGUGCAGUAACAACCGCUCCCAGUUACUGAGCAUUUACUCUGGGCUGGAAAUCGAUCUAAACACCUGAAGUACAUUUUCUUGUUUGAGCCCCAGAAUGGUUCCCAGAGAGAGAGAGAUUGUCCCCUUGGAUGGUAAUGGCAGUCGCCAGCACAGGAAUGGGGCUUGCUGAGCAUCCAGCACGGCUCUGGACUGUUGACUUCAACUUCUCAUCUCCUUUGCUUCUCCUGGUGCCACCCUGUGAGGCCCGGGUGGAGCGCAUGGAGCAGUUCCAGAAGGAGAAGGAGGAGCUGGACAGGGGCUGCCGCGAGUGCAGGCGCAAGGUGGCUGAGUGCCAGCGGAAGCUGAAGGAGCUGGAGGUGGCCGAGGGCGAGGGCAGCAAGCUGGAGCUGGAGCGGCUGCAGGCCGAGGCUCAGCAGCUGCGCAAGGAGGAGCGGAGCUGGGAGCAGAAACUGGAGGAGAUGCGCAAGAAGGAGAAGAGCAUGCCCUGGAAUGUGGACACGCUCAGCAAGGAUGGCUUCAGCAAGAGCAUGGUCAAUACCAAGCCAGAGCAGGCGGAGGAGGAGUCGGAGGAGGUGAGGGAGCAGAAACACAAAACCUUCGUGGAGAAGUACGAGAAACAGAUCAAGCACUUCGGCAUGCUCCGCCGCUGGGACGACAGCCAGAAGUAUCUAUCAGACAAUGUCCAUCUGGUGUGUGAGGAGACGGCCAACUACCUAGUCAUCUGGUGCAUUGACCUAGAGGUGGAGGAGAAAUGCGCACUCAUGGAGCAGGUGGCCCACCAGACCAUUGUCAUGCAGUUCAUCCUGGAGCUGGCCAAGAGCCUGAAGGUGGAUCCCCGGGCCUGCUUCCGGCAGUUCUUCACUAAGAUCAAGACAGCCGACCGCCAGUACAUGGAGGGCUUCAACGAUGAACUCGAGGCGUUCAAGGAGCGUGUGCGGGGCCGCGCCAAGCUGCGCAUCGAGAAGGCCAUGAAGGAGUAUGAGGAGGAGGAGCGCAAGAAGCGGCUGGGCCCGGGCGGCUUGGACCCCGUUGAAGUCUAUGAGUCUCUCCCUGAGGAGCUCCAGAAAUGCUUUGACGUGAAGGACGUGCAGAUGCUCCAAGAUGCCAUCAGCAAGAUGGACCCCACCGAUGCGAAGUACCACAUGCAGCGCUGCAUCGACUCCGGCCUCUGGGUCCCCAACUCCAAGUCCAGCGAGGCCAAGGAUGGGGAGGAGGCGGGCCCCAGGGACCCCUUGCUGGAAGCCGGCCCCAAGCCAGGCGACAAGAAGGAUGUCAGCGCCUGACGCGCCCCAGCUGCUGCCCACCUGCCUGCAGGCCCCUGUGUGCCCCUUUUCAGAAAACAAAAAUAGAUGCCAUCUCCCCAGCUCCUGGCUUCCUCCAUUUUCGCUGCUCCCGCCCAGCCUGGGGCCGGGAGAAGGCCUGUCCCCACCCCCACUACCCCCACCUCCAGUGCUCAUCCAAGUCUCUGCUUUGAGUCAAGGGGCUUCACUGUCUGCAGGAUGUUACCCCCCCCCCAAUCAGCAUUAUGCCAAAGGCCUGGGGGUCCAGGGAGGGGCGGAGGUUGCUAGGCUGGUCCAUGAGGUGGGGGGAGGGUCUCCAGCCCAGAGGCCUGCUCCAGUCACCAUGGGCUCUGUUUUCACUGUUCAUCUGCUGUCGAGACUUCUAUAUGGUAAACAGCAAUGAUCUUCCAAUAAAGGAUUUCAGAUGCUCA